AUGAUGAAUUCAUCUGACCUUUGGAACCCCCCAGAAGCACAGUUUUGCUUUCCUUUGGUUAACAAUUCGUGCCCUAGACAUGUGAGGUCUGUGCUGAGUGUCUGCGCCAUGUACGUUGUCAUGACUGGUGCUAUUGUGGUGACCAUGCUGGGCAACCUGGUUGUGAUCAUUUCCAUCGCCCACUUCAAGCAGCUCCAUUUCCCGACCAACUUCCUGAUCCUCUCCAUGGCCACCACUGACUUUCUGCUGAGCUGUGUGGUCAUGCCCUUCAGUAUGAUCCGGUCCAUCGAAUCCUGCUGGUACUUUGGGGAUCUCUUUUGCAAAGUCCAUAGCUGCUGCGACAUCAUGCUCUGUACCACCUCCAUUUUUCACCUCUGUUUCAUCUCUGUGGACCGCUACUAUGCUGUUUGUGACCCUUUGCAUUAUGUCACCAAAAUCACCGUCCCUGUCGUAAAGGUGUUUCUAUUCAUCAGUUGGUCUAUUCCAAUAUUUUUUGCCUUCAGCCUGGUAUUCUCAGAAUUAAACAUAAUUGGUGCAGAAGAUUUUGUUGCAGCCAUUGACUGCACGGGUUUGUGCGUGUUGAUAUUUAACAAGCUCUGGGGGGCCCUGGCCUCCUUUAUAGCCUUCUUUCUCCCUGGGACAGUGAUGGUGGGGGUUUACACGCACAUUUUCACAGUAGCCAGGAAGCAUGCUAAGCAAAUCGGCACGGGUCCCGUGAUGAAACAGGCUGGAUCAGAAAGCAAAAUGAAGGCAUCAUCCAAAAAAGAAAGCAAAGCCACCAAGACUUUAAGUGUAGUCAUGGGAGUGUUUGUGUCAUGCUGGCUGCCCUUUUUUGUCUUGACAAUUACAGACCCUUUCAUUAAUUUCACAACGCCUGAAGAUUUGUACAGUGUCUUCCUCUGGCUGGGUUAUUUCAAUUCCACUUUCAAUCCCAUUAUAUACGGCAUGUUUUACCCUUGGUUUCGCAAGGCAUUGAGGAUAAUUGUCACAGGAAUGAUCUUCCACCCUGACUCUUCCGCCCUAAGCCUGUUUCCCGCACAUGCUUAG